AUGUAUGUGUUAGCUUUGGCUGUGAUCGGAGCAAUCUUUGUGGCAGUUUUUAUAUUAGACUCAUUAUGGAGCGUCUUUGAACUUAUAACUUCACAUCUAAUGCCCUAUUUUAUACCCACUGAGGUGUUACCCUUAUCGAAGAAAUUCGGACCUUGGGCCGCAAUAACUGGCAGCACAGACGGGAUCGGCAAGCAAUACGCCUUAGAGCUCGCCCAGAGAGGGAUCAACGUGGUGCUCAUCAGCAGGAACCCUGAUAAAUUGAAAAGAGUCGCUGAUGAAAUAGAAAAGCUUCACAGCGUGAAAACAAGGACAAUAGUAGCCGAUUUCAGUCAGGGUACAGAAGUGUACCCGCACAUCGAAGAACAGCUGAAGGAUAUUCCCUUGGGCAUUUUAGUAAACAAUGUCGGUACCCAGUACGAAUACCCGAUGCCGUUAUGCGAGCUACCGACAGCUAAAGCCUGGGAGAUCAUCAAUGUGAACGUGGUCGCCGUGACGUCUAUGACGCGCAUGGUGCUGCCCGGUAUGGUAGCGAGGGGGCGAGGGGCCAUUGUCAAUGUGUCCUCUGGAUCCGAGUUGCAGCCUCUGCCUCUUAUGGCUGUUUAUGCUGCUACUAAGGUAUACGUCAGAAACUUUACGCUAGCCAUCCGCGAGGAGUACGGAUCGAAGGGCAUCCACAUCCAGCACCUCUCGCCCCUCUUCGUGUCCACGAAGAUGAACACCUUCUCUCAGAAGCUUCUGGACGGCAACCUGCUCGUGCCAGACGCGACCACCUACACUAAGCGCGCCAUCUCCACGCUUGGGAGAGUGCAGACUACGACUGGUUACUGGCUGCAUGGGAUACAGUACUUCUUCAUAAAAAUAGCACCUGAAUGGAUAAGAAUAAAAAUUGGCGCUCAAAUGAACCGAGAAUUUAGAGCAGAACACAUGCAAAAGGUUAGAUCUAAGGUUCAAUAACAGUUAGAUAGCUACAAAUAGUACAAAUUGAUAUCCUCGUCAUCUUUAUCAUAGUUUUAGUACAUUUAAAAAAAAAUAAGAAUUUCAAAAUUUUGGCUGCACUAUUAAUUUUACAACGGGGUAAACAUAUUCAGUGUUUUAGUUAUACUGAAAAAAAAAUGUAAUGCAAUUUUGAAAUGUCGAUUCAUUAAUUUUUUUGGUUUGUUAUCGCAAACAAAAAUUGACACCUUACAAGUGCAGUUUUUUAUUUCGUCAACUGUCAUCUGGAGUGUUCGCGUAAUCCAUGGAAUUAGAACUUAUUUUUGUAUACAAAAAAUAAAAAUAAAACCGGAAAA